GUUUAUGUGUUGAUCAUGCAGUGAUAGCGACAAAGCUCCCAGAAAGAUAUACUUGUAAUAAUUAAAGGGGAAGGCCGGAGUCAAUUUCAUAACUAAUGGUUCACACUUGGGUUCAGUCAAUUGCCGAGGUUUGUUCAGAACAGACGUAAUAUGGAGCCGAAAAACUACAGUGCGGAAUAUUUCGAGAGAGCUUUGGCGAGAGCAUUUAGUUGCGAAAAGCUACGCGUGGAAAACUUACACAUCGAGGCUGUGAGCCAGAAAGGCGAGAACUUUUGCAGCGUCAUCUACCGGGUUGCGUUGAAAUUUCGCCGCUCCCCCGAUGGGGCUCUUGAAUCAGGGAAUUAUGUCCUCAAGGAUCUGCUGCCCAUCGCUACAGAAAUAGGCACAAAUGAAAAGGAUAUGUUCGAGCAACUCCUACCAGCUAUGUCAGCUAUUCUUGAAAAAUUUCCAACGGAGUUGGGCGAUCACAAAAUAAGUGCCGAUUGCCUGCUGGCCGAGGCAUCAGCUGGAAAGGAGAUCUACAUAUUGGAGGACCUGUGUGCUCUAGGUUACGGAUCUUUUGAUCGCCAUCAGGGCCUCAACCUGGAAGAUGCCAAAAUUUGUGUGAGGAAGAUGGCUCAGUUUCACGGCGCUUCCAUGAUACUGUUCCAGAACGAACCAGAAUUGGUAGCAAAGCUUUCACCUUCAAAUUAUGGCAAUGACCUGUCGGAUCUUUUCGCUAAAGUAAUCGUCCUAGAUGGCACCGAAUACGCGGCAGAAGUUUUUGCCGACGAACUGCCGGAAAUAUCAAAGAAAAUGAAGGCCCAAAUACCAGUCGCAUAUACCCAAAGAAUGAAAAAUGUUGUCGACCCAAAAAAGUCGUCCUUUAAUGCGGUUGUCCAUGGUGAUCCUUGGGUAAAUAAUAUUAUGUUUGAUUCAGCCAAUAAGAAGGUAGUACUUGUGGAUUUCCAGAACUGUUUUUGGGGGAGUCCGGCCAUAGACCUUUAUUUCUUUUACUACACCAGCGUCAAACAUGAAGUAUUACUGAAUCAGCAGGAUGAGCUUCUGAAUCACUAUUAUCACAGCCUUCAAGAGACUUUAACCCAUUGUGGGUUUAAAGGAUCCCAGCCCACUUUUGAUCAAUUGAAGGAUGAAAUGCAACGUUGUUUGUUUUAUGCAUAUUAUGCCGUUUCCUGUGAGCUACCUAUUUGCUGUGCUGCACCUGAGGUCAGUGCCGAUUUCAGUGUACACACUUUUGGGGAUAAAGAAGCUAUGUUAAGAAAACGUAAGCAAUUAUUUGCCAGCGAGCGAGUUCGUCAGACAAUCAAGGCCAGUCUUCGUCAGUUUGAUCAACAGGGUAUUUUAGAAACACCUUGAUGUUGUUCUUAUUUUUUUUUGCUUUUAAAAACAACUUUCCCUUUGUUGUCUUCGUAUUAUUUGUGUUUUGUACAGAAUUGUUUU